UCUAUCUUGAACAUAACUCCUCCCGCAACGCCAGCUUGCCAUUCACAAUGUCAACAGAUAAGAUCAAAGUAGCUGUCAGGGUGCGACCCUUUAACCGCCGUGAAUUGGAACUUGGAACAAAAUGCAUUGUAGAGAUGGACAAACACCAGACCAUACUUCACAAUCCUCCGGCGAUAGAUAAAAUUGAAAGCCGGAAACCACCAAAGACAUUUGCCUUUGAUCACUGUUUUUACUCAUUAAAUCCCGAGGACGAGAAAUAUGCAUCACAAGAAACCGUAUUUGAUUGCCUAGGUCGGGAUAUUCUGGAUAAUGCAUUUCAAGGCUAUAACGCUUGUAUAUUCGCUUACGGACAGACAGGGUCUGGUAAAUCAUACACAAUGAUGGGCUCACAAGAAUCCAAGGGCAUCAUCCCGCGCUUGUGUGACAAUUUGUUCUCAGCCAUUGCUAGUAAAACUACUCAAGAUCUAAUGUACAAGGUGGAAGUCUCCUAUAUGGAAAUUUACAAUGAAAAGGUACACGACCUUUUGGAUCCGAAACCAAACAAGCAAUCAUUGAAAGUUCGGGAACACAAUGUCAUGGGACCGUACGUUGAUGGUCUGUCACAACUAGCCGUUGCGUCCUAUAUGGACAUCGAUAAUCUGAUGACCGAGGGUAAUAAAUCACGAACGGUGGCUGCGACGAACAUGAAUGCAGAAUCCUCCAGAUCCCAUGCUGUUUUCUCGGUGGUUUUAACACAGAUACUGACUGAUCAGGCAUCUGGCGUGACUGGCGAAAAGGUAUCCCGUAUGUCCCUGGUCGAUUUAGCCGGCUCGGAAAGAGCGGUCAAAACUGGUGCUGUGGGAGAUCGACUCAAGGAGGGCUCAAAUAUAAACAAAUCGCUGACUACACUCGGUUUGGUCAUUUCUAAACUUGCCGAUCAGUCCAAUGGGAAAAAAGGAGCAAAUGAUAAAUUUGUUCCCUAUAGGGACUCAGUACUGACAUGGCUUUUAAAGGACAAUUUGGGCGGCAAUUCAAAAACAGUUAUGGUUGCUACCAUUUCUCCGUCUGCGGACAAUUUCGAAGAAACUCUUUCUACGCUACGGUAUGCGGACCGUGCUAAGCGCAUUGUCAAUCACGCAGUUGUCAAUGAAGAUCCGAAUGCACGUAUUAUUCGCGAAUUGCGCCAUGAGGUUGAAACACUGCGGAACAUGCUUAAGCAUGCUACAGGAUCGCCCGUGGGCGAUAUUAAUGACAAAUUGGCUGAAAGCGAGAAUUUGAUGAAACAGAUCUCGCAAACUUGGGAAGAGAAACUUGUGACAACAGAGCGCAUACAAAACGAACGUCAACAAGCAUUGGAGAAAAUGGGUAUAAGUGUUCAGGCCAGUGGUAUAAUGGUUGAGAAGAAUAAAUAUUAUUUGGUCAAUUUAAAUGCGGAUCCGUCCCUCAAUGAGUUGUUAGUUUACUACCUUAAAGAAAGAACUUUGAUUGGUGGACAUACCAUGAGUGGUCCCCAGCCCGACAUUCAACUCUCCGGCUUGGGUAUUCAGCCAGAGCACUGUGUCAUCACCAUUGUUGAUGGUGGUUUGUUUUUGGAGCCAUUCCCGGGCGCACGUUGCUUUGUGAAUGGCACAGCUGUCAUAGAUAAGGUGCCGCUGCAUAAUGGCGAUCGGAUUUUGUGGGGCAAUCACCACUUUUUCCGUGUCAACUGUCCCAAAUCAGCGAGUGCCAACAUGAACUCGGAGCCUCAAACACCAGCUCAACUUAUUGACUAUAAUUUUGCACGUGACGAAAUCAUGCAAAAUGAACUAAGCAACGACCCCAUUCAGACUGCAAUAGCAAGACUGGAGAAACAGCACGAAGAGGAUAAACAAGUUGCUUUAGAAAAACAAAGACAGGAAUACGAGCGGCAAUUCCAACAACUGCGCAACAUCCUUUCGCCCAGCACACCAUACGCUCCAUAUACACCGUAUGACCCACUGCGCUUGGGCAAGAUUACCCCAAACACCCCCACUUCGCAGAUGCGAGUGGAGAAAUGGGCACAGGAGCGUGACGAGAUGUUUAAACGAUCACUGGGCCAAUUAAAGAAUGACAUAAUGAGAGCAAAUGCAUUAGUUCAAGAAGCCAAUUUCCUUGCCGAAGAAAUGGAGAAGAAAACUAAGUUUUCUGUCACACUUCAAAUACCGCCAGCAAAUCUUAGCCCCAACCGUAGGCGUGGCGCUUUUGUCAGCGAACCUGCAAUAUUAGUGAAACGGACAAAUUCUGGGAGUCAGAUCUGGAGUAUGGAAAAACUGGAAAAUAAAUUAAUUGAUAUGCGAGAAAUGUACCAGGAACACAAGGAGCGGAUUCUCAACGGAUUGGAAAACGAAAACUCCAAGUCGUUGGAUCCAUUCUACGAGUCGCAGGAAAACCACAAUUUGAUCGGAGUUGCCAACAUCUUCCUCGAGGUUCUAUUCCACGAUGUUAAGUUGGACUACCACACUCCCAUCAUCAGUCAACAAGGCGAAGUUGCUGGCCGACUUCAAGUCGAAAUACAACGUAUUGCUGGGCAAAUGCCACAAGACCGAAUGUGUGAAUCCGUUUCGGAAUCAUCGUCUGAUUCGCGUGAUGACUACGACGAUGCUCCUGAUCCAAUGGCAAAUCAGAUAACAUGCCGGGUGACUAUUAAAUGUGCCUCUGGUUUGCCUCUGUCGUUGUCGAAUUUUGUGUUCUGUCAGUACACGUUCUGGGGACAUCAAGAAACAGUGGUACCGGUAAUUAACGCUGAGACCACACCCCGAGAUCAAAAUAUGGUCUUUAAGUUUGAUCAUACCAAAGACUUCACGGUACCAAUAAAUGAAGAAUUUCUGGAGCACUGUAUAGAGGGGGCUUUAUCCAUCGAAGUGUGGGGACAUAGAAGUGCCGGAUUUUCAAAGUCGAAGGGGUGGGAAGUUGAGCAGCAGCAAGCCAAAGCCCGGUCAUUAGUCGAUCGCUGGGCAGAAUUAUCACGGAAAAUUGAAUUGUGGGUUGAAAUUCACGAAUUGAACGAUAACGGAGAAUACGGGCCAGUUGAAGUUAGUAACCGGACUGAAGUCCUCACUGGCGGCAUUUACCAAUUGCGUCAAGGGCAGCAACGACGCGUCCAUGUCCGUGUAAAGCCUGUUCAGAAUUCCGGAACAUUGCCUAUUAUAUGUCAAUCCAUUGUGAACAUAUCGAUCGGAAGUGUAAGUGUACGCUCGCGUUUGCAGCGUCCACUGGAUUCGUACCAAGAGGAAGAUUUGACUAUUCUGCGAGAGAAAUGGAGUGAAGCCCUGGGUCGUAGGCGUCAAUAUUUAGAUCAACAAAUUCAAAAGCUUAUUAAAAAAGAGGACAAGACAGAAGAGGAACGAGAGCGUGAGUUAAGUCUAGUUCACCAAUGGGUAUCGCUGACAGAGGAGCGUAAUGCAGUAUUAGUUCCUGCACCGGGCUCGGGGAUACCUGGCGCACCAGCUUCGUGGGAUCCACCUUCAGGAAUGGAGCCACAUGUCCCCGUUUUAUUCCUCAAUCUAAACGCUGACGAUCUCUCGGCUCAAAACACAAACGACGAUUUCUCCAUUGCGGGCAUAAACUCCAUACUAUCCAAGGAACAUGGACAUAAGUUCUACACUCUGCAAAUUCUACAGCACCUAGACAAAGAUGUGUGUGCCAUUGCUAGUUGGGAUUCCUCUAUGCAUGACAGUCCUGCUCUCAAUCGUGUUACUGAGGCCAACGAGCGAGUCUACUUGAUCUUACGAACAACAGUGCGCCUUUCUCAUCCCGCUCCCAUGGACUUGGUGCUGAGAAAGCGCCUUUGCAUCAACAUUAAAAAAGGACCAAGCAUUACGGACCGCCUAAAAAAAUUCCGUCUAGUACGAAUCGACACUGCAAUUCCCAGUACGGGCGUAACAUACGAAGUAGUUUCCAAUAUACCAAAGGCCUCCGAAGAGUUGGAAGAUCGGGAAUCACUAGCCCAACUGGCGGCAAGUGGAGAUGAUUGCUCCGCUAGUGAUGGCGAAACAUAUAUAGAAAAGUACACGCGAGGCGUCUCAGCAGUUGAGAGUAUUCUAACCCUGGACCGUUUAAGACAAAACGUGGCGGUCAAAGAAUUGGAAACGGCCCAUGGUCAACCAUUGUCCAUUCGCAAGACUGUCAGCGUACCUAACUUUUCGCAGAUCAUGGGCUUUGACGCAUCUAUGGAAUCACUCUUGAAUGUGGGACGAUCCGAAUCAUUCGUGGAUUUGAAUCAGUCACUAGGCUCUAAAUUUAUUCCACAAGUGCAAACCACUCCUGUUGGUAUGCGGGACUUCAAUGCUCGAUCCCGUCACAGUUUCGGCGGUAAAGGUAGCAACGAUGACUCCCCGGGCAAACCCUUUGGAAUUGCACGUCCAACGUUCUUAAAUUUGAAUUUGAAUUCAAAUUCACUAAGAACACAGCCAACAAAACCAUCACCAGCCACAAGCAAGUUGAUGGGCAUGCGUAUGACCACAUUGCAUGAAGAACCUUUGGGUGGCAAUCGCUCACUAGCUGAAGAACCCGAAGACAGCAUGAGUGACUCGGAAUACAAUCACGAUUAUGAUGUGGAUAAACAGCACCGACUAAACAGCAGCUAUCAGACACCUCGAUCUAGACUUACCACGUCGAAAACUAUGGAUUCAUUUAUGGAUGUCAGUUCCCAUUCAAACCACAGCUAUUUGAGCUAUACGUCAAAUGUGAAUACAAAUUUAAAGCAUCUGACUGGAUUAGCAACCCCAAGCAUGAGCUCUUCCACGUCCAGUGGCUAUGGUUCACAAGCUGUCUCGUGUACUAACCUAACUAACGACGAUAUUGCGUCAAUGCGUUCCAUGAGUAUCGACGAUACCCCAGAUUUUGAUCGUAUCAAUUCAAAUUCUCCGCCAAACCGUGCGGCAACACAUCGUGUAAAUCCAUUCCUCAAGGACAUGCCAAAUAGUAGCCAGACGGUUGAAACUGUUUUCGCAAACAACCGAUUGCCGGAACAACAACCCAAAUCACAAAUAAUCACUAAUGACUCUACAACAAAUCACAUGCCAAAAGUAGACGCAGUGACCGAUGUCAGUAACGUUCACGCGAAGUUAACACAACAAGGUAUCAUGGACACAAUUCAACCCACUACUCGGUAUAAUACAUCGAAUGACGAGUUGAAUGAACCAGGACAGGAACAAGACAGUACUGUUGGUAAAAAUGAAACCAUACACAAGAAUGCUGUGGACAACGACAGAACUGUUAGUAUCCCAAACAAUAACAACAAUUCGCCAUUCAAUGCCACAGACAAUCAAAAUGGAAACGAAAUCGUAGAAGGUACAGGUGUUGUGAAAACUGUACUGCCGGCCGGGAAAGUUGUACGGAGAAAAAAGACACCUCCUCAGGGUGGUAGCAAUGGUAAUGAGACAACUUUAAAUAACAAUCGCACAAAUGUCAUGCAAAGAAUGUCCAUAGCAAAAAUGGAAGGAUUGACCACAGCUACAUCUAAUGAUCAUCUCAACGUCUCUUCAAUGAGUGCCAGUAUGGAAAUCGAAGACGAAUCGAAACAUGUUGAUAUAACAUUACCUGAUUGGGUGACAGUUGGAGAAUCUGUCUUGAUUAGGCCCUACAACACAAGUGGUGUAAUAUCCUAUGUUGGCACUACACAUUUUCAAGCCGGCACUUGGAUUGGCGUGGAACUUGACACACCCACAGGGAAGAACGACGGCACCGUGCAGGGGAUUCAAUAUUUCCAAUGCAAACCAAAGCAUGGAAUAUUCGUCAGAUUUGACAAAUUAAUUCUGGACAAACGUGGCAAGGCAAUGAGAGCCUUCAAGGCAGAAAAAACGACCAAAGAGAUGGGCAACUAUCGCAAGUGCAAGGCAAAAUUAUACAACACCAACAACACCCAAUGGAUUUUCCGUGCCAAAUCAAAAGCACCAACUCCCACAUAUGCGCCGAACAACAUCUGUUGUAACAGAAUCGAUGUCUCCUAUUUCCACUUCUAA